AACUGGCAGACGCACCAAACAGCAGCAGAGAAACAUGGACGCCCUGAUUUUGGUUUUAUUUCUACUUUUGAGACUCGGCUGUGCAUCGAGUUUCCUCGUCGUACUGAACCCGAAGAAGUUAUGUCUGCUCACCUACAAACAGAUGGUCAUACUGGGUCAGUGUGACAUCACUAACCCCGCACAGCAGUGGACGUGGUUGGACGGAGCCAGAUUGAUCAACACUAAGUCUUCUCUGUGUCUUUGGGCGGAUCCGAGCCCCCGCUUACCCGUCCACGCCCGCCUGGUCAACCUGAGGCCCUGUAGUGUGGCUCCAGCAUGGAAAUGCAACAGCACGACGCGAACGUUCGGAUUGGCUGAGACGCAGAUGUACCUGAAGAAACAGGGGGCCCGCGUGGCGAUGAGAGAAAAGCCGAACUCUUCAGACUGGAGCCGAUAUGAGGUGGACUCAGGAGGGAACAAGCUGAUAUCGUCUUUAUGUCCUGAGACAGAAACAACUUUGGCCUCUGACAGUUUCCACGUAUCCACACAUAAACCUCUGGGAGUCACCAGCACCGUGUACGCCAUCAGAAGUCCCACCAUAACUGUCAUUAACGAACAUUUAUCAAACACAGUAAAAACACACAGGACCACCAGACAAGUCACAACCUCAAAGGUCCACAGCUCAAUAACUAAUGGAACUUCGUCGUAUAUAAAUGACAUCAACAAACCUCGGACCCGGAGGUCCGUAACGGCAGAUUUUAACCCUGACGGUUCGUCUUCAGUCACGGAGCACUCAGGGUUGAACAGCAGCCAUAUUGUCUCAUCAAGUACGACUGAGUUCACAACUGAUCCAGGAUCCACGGACGUAUUGGAGAAUUCCUCACACAUGAACACAAGCAGCAACACAGACGUUCUGUCUAUUUCGGAGGUCUCGUCUACGUCCUCCGAUGCCACUGUUGGUGUAUCUGCUGUUUCUGACCAAACCUCAACUUCUACAACUCGUUCAACUACUGAUGAAAAGGUGAAACACAUUAUGACCGACUUUCCACCUGCAUCCACCACUGUUGCACCCCCUACAACUGCUCCAGGACCUUCCACGGUUGAAUCUACAUCAUCCAUGGAGACGUCUCAGCCAUCCACCCCUCGUCCGCUGACUACGACUUCCCAAACUUCACCUGCGGAGGAUCACCACCUCAACGCCAAAAGCCCCCAACACAACUCCAACAGACCCAACCACGACGCCAACAGACGCACCGACAACCAGACCUGUAACCACAUCUGUAACCACCACCACAACUGCACCAACUACCACUGA